UUCAACACAGCUGUCGCCUGUCACAGCACCACAACAAUGUAUUGUGGUCACAGUGUCUGAAGCGAACAUGAGGUCAAGCGAGAUGGGCUCUGAAUCCACGGCCUCCUCAGCCGGGGCCUCAUCUGGAGUGCCCACACAGGUGGUGCAGCAGGUUCAAGCAGCACAGCAGAGAACUGUUGUGCAAACAACACCGCAGGCAGCUAAACCCAGCCAAGUGCAGCAGUUGUCUGUGCAGGGACUGCAGCAAGUUCAUGUUUCUCAGGAGAGCACAGAUGAGAUUGCCAGUUUGAUAGAGAAAGAGCACAAGCUGCAGGUUAUGGCUGAUUCUGGCAGCACAAAGACCAGUGUUCACGAAGAGCAUCAGUUAGGAAGCUCCCAGGCCUUGAGUCCAGAACACAAAGUGCACGUCCUGCACAUGAUGCCCUCGACCUCAGCUCCAAGAGUGGAAGUCAUCCGCUUUGGGCCACAACACCUUCCGAGCACAGAACAGAAAGUGAUUAUUGAGCAGGUUCCAUUUUUCUCCAUGUUGCCUCCCAGCCCUGAGCAGCGAGUCAAGGUGCAGCGCGUCCCACAGGCACUAGUUUUUGGAACAGGACCAACCGCUCUCAAAGUUCAGCAGUUACAGCAGGUUCCCGUGCAGCCAGUCCAGCACGUCUACUCAAACCAGGUGCAGUACGUAGAAGGGGGUGAUGCCAGCUACACCGGGAGCGCAAUACGUUCAAACACCUACCCCUAUUCAGAAACCCAGCUGUACAGCCAGAGCACAGGCGGCAGUUACUAUGAAUCUCAGGGGACUCCAAACCAGGUCUCCACGCCGGUGACGUCUCAGAACGUGGUCAGUAGUGGAACGGUGCCAAUGUAUGUCACGGGAGGGCAGAUUGUGGCCAACCCAGGAGGAGGGACCUAUGUCAUCCAGGGAGGUUACAUGCUGGGGAGCUCCAGUCAGUCUUACAGUCACACCAUGCGUGCCUCUCCAGCCACAGUUCAGUGGUUGUUAGAUAACUAUGAGACGGCAGAAGGAGUCAGUCUCCCGCGAAGCACUCUGUACUGCCAUUACCUGCUCCACUGUCAGGAACAGAAACUGGAGCCUGUCAACGCUGCCUCCUUUGGCAAAUUGAUCCGAUCGGUGUUCAUGGGACUCCGCACCCGGAGACUAGGCACACGGGGAAACUCAAAGUAUCACUAUUAUGGGCUUCGAAUUAAGGCCAAUUCUCCGCUGCUUCGCCUGAUUGAGGAUCAACAGCACCUGGCCAUAAGACAGCAGCCAUUUACACAGAAACAGAGACUCAAGCCCAUCCAGAAGGUGGAAGGGAUGACAAAUGGUAUGGGAGUGGGGCAGCAGCAGGGUGGUGGCCUGUCAGAUAUCAGCGCCCAGGUCCAACAAUACCAGCAGUUCCUGGAUGCUUCUCGGGCUCUGCCGGAGUUUGUUGACAUAGACCUGCAGGGAAAAGCCCUCCCAGAUGGAGUCACUAUGGAGCACAUCAAGGCUUUCCAAUUGUUGUAUCGGGAGCACUGCGAGGCGAUCCUGGAUGUGAUGGUUAACCUGCAGUUCACUCUGGUUGAAACUCUGUGGAAGACGUUUUGGAGAUUCAACUCUUCCCAAUCAAGUGACGGCUUGGGACUGUCUGUCCACGACGAAGCUGAGAAGCGGCUCCCCAAGUCGUGCCUGGUUGUCCUCUGUAAGUACGAGCCUUCGCUGAAGUGGACAAAAUACUGUGAUAACAUGCUUUACCAGGGGCUGGUGGAAAUCCUUAUCCCCGAUGUACUAAGACCUAUCCCGAGUGCCUUGACUCAAGCAAUUCGGAAUUUUGCAAAGAGUUUGGAAAGCUGGUUAACCAACGCUAUGAUGAACAUCCCCGAAGAGAUGGUUCGUGUUAAGGUGGCAGCCGCGAGUGCCUUCGCACAGACGUUGAGGCGUUACACCUCACUAAACCACCUGGCGCAGGCCGCCCGGGCUGUGCUGCAGAACACUGCUCAGAUCAACCAGAUGCUCAGCGACCUCAACAGGGUGGACUUUGCCAAUGUCCAGGAACAAGCCUCGUGGGUGUGUCGCUGUGAGGAUGGAGUAGUACAGCGCCUGGAGCAGGACUUUAAGAUGACUUUACAGCAGCAGAACUCGCUGGAGCAGUGGGCGUCCUGGUUAGACAGUGUGGUGACACAGGUGCUCAAACCCUACCACAGCAGCCCCAGCUUCCCCAAGGCAGCAAAACAGUUCCUGCUCAAGUGGUCUUUCUACAGUUCAAUGGUGAUUCGGGAUUUGACUUUGAGGAGUGCAGCGAGCUUUGGGUCCUUUCAUCUCAUCCGCCUUCUGUACGAUGAAUACAUGUACUAUCUGAUAGAGCACCGUGUGGCACAGGCAAAGGGGGAGACACCGAUUGCAGUCAUGGGGGAGUUUGCUGAUCUUGGGCGAGCUUUAAAUCCACUGGACCCUGACAAAGAUGAGGAGGAAGAGGAGGAGGAGAGUGACGAUGACAGCCAGCACGAGAUUACACUGGACACUGAAGCCACGUUAGUGACUGACCCCAUGGAGCCACCCAGCAAACUGCCGAGGACCGAUUCCAGGGGAGUCUUUGUUCAGGUGCCGCCCGCUAUCUGACGAUGAAAUGUAGGAAAAAGAUGGAAAGCUUUUGAGUUUGACAAAGUCCACCCACAGUCCCAGCCACUGAGCUGCCCCCUGCAUAGGAAGACACUGUCUAUAGUUAUCACGAAUCUCAAACAGCACACCCAAAUUAUUUUAGUUCAACGUUUAUUUAAAUAUAAGAGUUGUAUUGAUAAAUAAAAGAGAACAAUUCCUUUUUGACAAUUGGGAUUAGAUGUACAUUUGGUAAAUAACUGCUUUGAGGUCACAGAUAGUAAGUCCACGGUUACUGUGGGGUGGGGCUGUAUCUCACAGCACAUUCCACACACUCUGGGUGCCAUGUCAGGGAGUGACACCACCAACAUUGAAGUCAGUUACUGGGUGAUUAGUUAAAAAAAAAUUACAGUGAUUACAAACUCCAAGAUUACAGUGCGAUCGAUCUCCCCCUUGACUGUCAGCCCUCCUCACUUAUAUCCGCUGGGACAGGCGAUCGAACCAGAGCUGGUCGGGGACAGGUGAGAAUAUUAGCACAACCUGCUUGGUCAGAAAUAAUCAAUAGUCAGAAAUUGACCAGAGUUACCUGAGGUGCUGAUAAAUUAAACCAACAACAACAACUCCAGCAAGCUUGGUGAUAUAUGCUGCUGCUCCUGACAAUCAUAUUUCCCCCCGUCUUGGCUGAGAGCCACUGUUUAUUAUAUGGAUGAGUAGUUUUUAAACAAUCAUUUCACAUAUUUAUUUGACACUUUCUGAAUGGGCCUCACGACAUCUCACACGAUGGUAGGACGCAAAUCAAUUGUUUCAGCUUCAGCAGGCGAGUUACCCCUUUUUUGACUCUCAUACCAGUAUUGCCAACCAUUCUGGUGGUCAAUUGAUCUUUCCUGCCCAUAGAACCCACUUUUAUUUGCGAGUAAAGUUAGCGGAUUUGAAUGGUGGAGUGCCCAGCUUCUGUGUUUUUUCUGGCCCCAAUUACUGCUGGCACAAUCACUUGUGUUUGAUGCAGAGCACAGUUUAGGCAUGUCCCUUGUGACCAGCACAUUGUGGUGAGGAUGGUUUUCAAGCCACUUUCUUAGAAUUUUUUUUUGUCUUUGUAGCAAACCAGCAAAGAGCAGCUCCCAGCUCUUUAGUUUCUCUCCCUGUCCCGUCAAGCUCUGGAUUGGGCUCUGUGUCUGCACUCAUUGGGGGAAUACUCGAGGUUUGAGUUCAGACAGUCAUUGUCGUACUCUCCCCUUACAGCCCACAGCAGAGAUACCGCAGACAGCAAAAGGCUUUAGAUAAUGGAAAAGAGAAAUGACUAGUGGCAAAUUAUUGUCAGGUUAUCUGCUAACCAACCCUGCUGAGAAUCAGAUGAAACUGAGACUAAGAAAAAAAACUGGGUUGUAAAAUAAACUGGCAUUGGGUUGUGAAUGGGCUGUGGGCUGUGCUGAUACUGAUUGAGACGAGCAAAACACAAGGCGUGACACUGUUGUGGUGAUAGACACACACACACACACUCGCACAGAUGCACUCAGCCCAGAUCUGAUUGCAUUAAUCCUAGAAACGGUACUAUCACUAGACAUGAGUUGCUUCACACAACAUCAGCUUUUCACUGAUCAAUGACUCCCAAGUUCUGAAAGUGAACCCUGAACACGAACAAUGUUGUAGAGAGUUGGGAGAUUGUGAGGGGUUAGAGGUGUGGUGGGGGGGGGGCGGGGAAGGUGAGAUCUGUAACAGGUACAGAGUGAGACCGAGGAGGGCGAGAGGGAAACACACACUGCCCACCUCACUAUCUGCUCACAAGCUGGCAAGCUUGGCCUCUGGUGAGGUUCAAUGAUGGUGAGUUGCUGAACAGUCUAUGUGCAGACUGCCCACUGUAUCUGGAUUAGCACUUUAAUCUUUCUGUAGCUCUAGUCCGUCUGCACUUCAGUGAAAAAGGAAAAAAACAGGAGAGAUGAACAAAUGGUCAGUGUGUAUAUGUGCCUUAAUUACCAACUAAAAACUCUUUUACUCAAGUUUGAGUUUUCCUGCUUUAUCGUCCACACACGAUGGGUGUUUGAGGAUAAAAUAACAUUGGUUGCCACUGGGCUAGCAUCCUGUCUCGGGGACAGUGGGUGAUGAGAGAGGAACGUUGGUUAGCAAGUGCUGCAGGACUUGGCAUUUAAAUCCAUCCUGAGGAAAGUAUUGUCAAUUACACAAGAUAUUUGCCCUUCACCAGGUUAGAUUGUGUGACUCAUAUUAAAUGGGUUAUUUUACUGUGUUUUGUUGAAGCUGACUUUUGCUUAAACCAGGAAAAGGACCUGAAAAUCAGAUUAUUAACUCAUCCCUGGGACUGAAACCUAAGCUCAGUUAUCUGAAACACAAAUCCUGCCUUUGCCCCACUCCGCAGCCUCCUCUCUCCAUGGCCAAGCCUUUUGUCACUUAUGUCGGUGCAAUGCAAUAUCUCCCUGUAUCCCUCGCCCUCCCUUUCCUGCAUUCAAAAUCCUUCGUGAAAAAAAACCUACCUCUUUGUCUAGGAUUUCAGUCAUUUCCUACUUGCCCACACGGCUUUGUGACCUACUCCUGGGGUUCAGCUGGGAAUAGGCCCCUUUCACGUGGUUCAUUGGCUUUCACGUCCCUGACCUAGAUCAGACCAGUGUCUUAUCUCGCUCGAGUCCCGUCUCAGUAAAGUGAGGCCACAGAAACAGUCAGCGUUAGACUGCUCAGCAACAGGGGUUAGGCCUCCACUGUUAGUGAUGAGUUGUGAUGUUCCUGGCGAUUGAUUGACGUUGCUUGUGCCAGUGGCGCGCUGCCAAUUUUCAACCCGUCGUUUUCUGGUGUAAUCAGGUUUUCGGUAGCGUUUUGAAGAAAAAGGAUUGAAUGGAAUUCAGUGGAGCUUUUUAACGGAGUUUGUUUUGAUAAACGAUCAUCGUCAUUGUGCGGAGCUGCUUUCAAACCAUCAGAAGGCCGUUCUGUCCGCGAAAACACUUCUCGUUUAAAUUGCGAUGGAGCUAAAAGGUCUUAUGCCCCUGUACUAGUUUAGCAGUGUUGCUGCUAGUUUAGGUUACGAGCCAGGCAGAACGGGACGCCUUCACUGUUGUGAUUGCUAAGGCCACGAUGGACCAUUUGAUCCCAUCCUUCCAGAAUCCCCAAUCUUUGCUUUCCCGGCAACAAGAACCUUCCCUGUCAGUCUGUGGCAUGUGUGCCAUUUGUCUGUCAUGUGGAGUGUCAUGGUCACAGCUGGUUACCCAACGAUACUAACCAAAUCCACUCCCUGGCAAUCCCCUUUGAAUCUCUGAGUGAUUGUCGCGGUUAACCUAUACAGACGUUAAUGGGAUAACAUCUGACAAGCCUCAGUACUCUACCUAUAUUAGAUCUGAUCUGUUUGAUUUGUGAGUGUCUUGUUUUUUUUUAUUAAGUGCAAUUAAAAGGGGGUUGACGGUCUGUUUUACGAUCAGGCUUUUUGUGUUUCAGAUCAUUUUAUUUUGAACAUGUCUUGUUUGCAUUUAGCUUAGCAGCAGGACAUUAGCUAGGGAUGGGUUCAAACCCCACCCCCAGCCCACCCCACCCGCACUACGCCCCACAUUCGCCUUGUGUUUGUGUCACUUUUUUUCCUGCCAAACGGCAGGCACUUGGGCUUGAGCUACAAUCUGACAGCGCUACGUUGUCCUUUCUGACAACUCCCUUAUUACUGCAAUGAUUUUUACAAUGUGUCCAAGGUUUCAUACGCGUUUCGCCCACAAAUACACAGUCAAUUCACUCCAGAGUAUCCUGUGAAGUGCUUUGAGAUGUCUAGAAGAUGUGAUAAGGCGCUGUAUCAAAUGCAAGGACUAUUAUUUUUUAUUAUAUGGUGUAAAUCCUUUCAGGCCAGUCAGUGUGUUACACUCCGAAUUGGCGGCAAGUGUGAAUGUAUUUACCAAGCCGGGUUCUCUGGAGAGCCUUAUUUGGGGGAAGCAAGGUGCUGAACCGGGCGGAGAGCGAUAGGUUAGAGGGUAGGGGGAAAGAUUUGAAACAAUUAUAAACUGAUUCAAUUAUCGCAGCCCCAAAAUACAGGGCACUUGAUUCAGAUUUACUCCCGUGUGUAAUUUGGUUUCCUUGAAUAAACUAGACUUUUGUUGUGGGCAGGUGAUCGAUCCCCUGUCGGGACCCUUGCUGGGUUCUGCCUCCCAUUUGUGCAGUGGCCUGGGUUCAGCUGAGAACAGGGAGUCUCAGGGUACACUCCCAGCUGCUCUGGCAUUUCCAGACUGAAUAUUGAAGUAGUUUUAGCUUCAGACACUGGAGAAUGAAGUGUGAUAUUUCUCCAAACAAUAGUAACGCGGUGUGCCAAUGAGCUGAUGGUAAAGCCCAGUGUGUCUGUCUGCUGUGAAUAAAUGUGUGUCGUCCCAGCUGUCAUUGUGCCUGGCACAGGCGCUGUUGUAACCAGGGCUCUGUUUAUAAAGCUGGCGGAGGAACGGACGGGUCAGAGAUGAACUUACUGGAUCGGAUUAUACCGUUAGUGGGUGUUUCAUCACUGAGACUCAGCUCAGCCCUGAUGGGGCGAAUGCACUCCGCGAUGGCCGUCAGAGAUUGUGUAUCCCAGGUGUUUGUGCAUAAUUCCCCCAAAAUGUUUUGGGGAUGUAGGGGGGAAUCAUUGCCGGAAUCCCACUGUCCUACUAUUGACACUGGCAAAUCCUGUCCAGUAAAUGAUGUCCCUUCUUUAGCAGAGUCGCAGCUCCAGAUACAUGGACUGAGCUUGUAAUUAACUGGUUUCUGCUUUGUGUCCGGCCAGUGCAGUAUUCCUGACAGCGUCCAGAUCUCGAGGCAUUUGGACACUUGGAUUCCUUGCCCCAAGUGCUCAGUAACUAACAAUUUUGUUAUUCUGAUACGAACCCUUAACCUGUUACCACCACUGCACAGCGUUUGGCAGCUAAUGUGUGGUGCUAAAGGGCCUCAUUGUGCUCACUAAAGCGGUAACUCCGUGUACACAUCUCUCAGCUGUUCCCACAACUGCAAACUCACAGCUGGAAGGCAGAGAAUGUGUGCACCGCACUCCCUCAGAGACCAACCUGUUGUUGGUCCAGAUCCCAUUCAUUAAGGAUUCCUCUCCAUUCUCAAACUCCCCUGUGUUCACCGUUCAUUAUCCUGGAAUAAUCCACUGCGGUGUCACAGUUUAUCAGCCUGGGUCCUUGCCUUUCAUUAACUCUUCACAUUAAAUUAAAUCCUUUGUAGAUUUUAUUUUCCUUUUCAAAACAGUUUUGAGAACCACAGGAAGUGUAUGAUGUGAUAAAUGUAUUUUGCAGUCAUUUGAGGCACUUGUAAUAUAUUUGUGUACAUGUACCGACCGGUUUGUAACUCAGAAUUGCAUAUUAUAGUUUUGGGAAAAAAAAACUAAACCUCUGUGCUUUUGUAUGUAAUUUUUAUUCCACGUUGCAUUAUUAUUGCGUGAGGUGUGUAAAAAAAAUAAAAAUGAUAAUUUGAUAUUUGUUUCUGGAACCAUUAUGGCCUUAUUUGUUGGAACUUUAGUGUUGAAAUACAUCUGUGAUAUAUAGUUGUCCACUGUUCUGUUUGGGAAAAGUAAAUAUUGUAUUUUGUAUAAACAAAUGCUUAGUUUUGUGGUAAUUUUAGUGCUGUUAGCAGCUGUGGCUGAGCUAUAGACAUUACGCCAGGAGGAGCAGCUAGUGAGACUGCUGUGUUUAAAUGUUGUCAUGAAGCUUGGAGUGAACUGUGAGCGUUUUUAAGUCUUUAGUCAUAUGGUGCAAAAGCAGUUUUCUACUUUUUGUAGUUUUUCUUUUAAACAAAUAAAAAGAGCACAUUAUAACACGUC